UGACAACACAACGAUGACGAUACCUUUAAGACAAAUCACAACUUGACUGAUGAACAACAAUAAGCAGUGCUGAGUGGCUUUUUUUUCAAGAGGCCCAACUGCCGUGAAGGAAGAAGAAGGCACUGACGCCUCCCAACGAGCCAGCGAGGCAGGCAAGCAAACAAACACAAGUGUGGGUGUGGAUGGCGGGCGUGAGAGGGCGAAGCCGUCCCAGCGGAACGGUUCGACGGUGCAACAGUCGAAAGUUUGCAGAUCCGGGCCCUCUUCAGCAUGAGCUCUGGACCAAUCAAGCAGGCAAGGUUGGCGGUUGCGGCCUGCUUAUCCACGGGCGGCGCAGAUGAGGAGGUUACAUUGGACGGUCAUUCAGUGAGGCCAUGUUGGUCUACGAUGGCCGGUGAGCAGGGGGCCGCCAUCCAAUGGAGAAAGCAGCCGUUGCUCUCAUCUGCCCUACAGCUUGGCCGCGUCAGGGUGUUGAACAGAUUGGUUUACAGCCAGUUAAAGCCAGUCCUUUCAACUUUAAGCCUGUGGACACGUUGGGGGCUGGGGGCAGGAAAUCAAGACGUGGCCCUAGGAGCGGGGGAAACAGUCAAUGAUGGGAUAUCAUUCGCGAAAGGGCAAACACACUCUGGGGGGGCAGACAGGUUUCGAAAUCGGAGCCUGACUUGCGGGUUUCCUGUCUCGUGCGUGUUGGUUCUGAGGCCGGCCAACGGUAGCAUCGAUGAUGGAGGUGCAGUGCCAGUGAGAGAAGAGAGGAUGAUCAGGGAGGAAAAUGAGAGGGCAGAUCGCCAGGAGCCGAUGGAUCAUGGCCGACGUACCCGAGAUUUGUCUCCUACCAUGGCCUGGCAUGGCAGGUGCAGUGCAACAAACUGUGUGCGCACGCCCGCACCGCACAGCAGGCGACUGCAGCUUGCAUGAUGCGGCCGCCCUCACACCUUGACAACCCUCAAAGAUGGCGGUGGAAGACGACAGCAACGAGAUGAACCAACAGCCGGCGGGCGUUGGUUUUGGCAGUUGGACGG